UUUGUUGCAAUUAGAGUAGAUAUUUCUUUUCGCCGAAAGGUUUCCGUAGUUUGUUGGUGAAGUUCUUUGUCAAAAAAUGUUUCUGAGUAGAGUUGUGAGUUAUAGUGGUGUGUAUGAGUCACUUCAGCUGUGUAAAAGAGGUAUAUCUUUACAGGGAGCCUUUAGGCAGAAACUUUCUUCCGGAGAAAGUGCUGAAGAAAUAACAAAUGACAUAGUUACAGAACAGAAGCAUGCUUCAAAAGACAGGACAAGAGAAAUUCCUGUUGAAACAAGCAUAAAGUACAUAGAAAGCAAAGCUUACAGUCAAACAUACGGAAAUGAUCCAGUUUGGGUGCACUACAGACGAAACCAUAAAGGAAUGUACGCUCCCAAGAAAACGCGAAAAACAUGCAUUAGGCAAGGUGUAAUUUCAACUGGAAACCCUUGUCCCAUUUGCAGAGAUGAAUAUUUGGUGUUACAUCACAAAAAUAUUAAUUUGCUGAAGCAAUUCAUUUCACCACACAAUGGUGAAAUAUUAAGUUUCAUGAAAACUGGUUUGUGUCAAAAGCGCCACGCGGAACUCUUGGUUGCAGUUGAGAAAGCUAGAGACUAUGGGCUUUUAGUAUUUGAUGUACCUCUACGGACUUACGAUUACUCUCGUUACUACAAGUGUUGAUGCAGUCUG